UCCACGUUCGUUUGGUCGAGUCUGAUUGUAGCAGGUCUGAGUGUGUCCGCGCGCACGGCCGCUUUAGUGAACAAGGGACUGUUUCGUGACGAGACAUUGACCCGUGUCCAAGGCAUUCGUAUUAAAACAGCACCUUCAGACUAUUGCAGAGCGUUGGCUGCUGUGUUUCUCGACAGUGAGUUUGUUCAUUGUUGUCACAGUGUCGGUUAGCCCGGCUAGCCUGGUUAGCCGCUUUAGCUGGCUCAUGAAGAGGUCCCCUACUUUAGCUACCUAGCUCAACUUUAAGCUAGCUAAGAGAAAGUGACAUUAGUUUGACUCUGUCGCGGUAAACAAACGGGUGCAGAUAUGCAGGACUUACUGGCCACCGUGGACCACCUCAAGUUUGACCUGGAGUUGGCUAUGAAGCAGCAGCUGGGAGCGCAGCCUCUGCCUUUCCCCGGCAUGGACAAGUCCGGCUCUGCUGUGUGUGAGUUCUUCAUGAGAGCUGCUUGUAUGAAAGGUGGGAUGUGUCCUUUCCGUCACAUCAGUGGAGAGAAGACAGUUGUGUGUAAGCACUGGCUUCGAGGACUGUGUAAGAAGGGGGACCAAUGCGAGUUUCUCCAUGAAUAUGACAUGACCAAGAUGCCUGAAUGCUACUUCUACUCCAAGUUUGGUGAGUGUAGCAACAAGGAAUGUCCAUUCUUGCACAUUGACCCCGAGUCCAAGAUCAAAGACUGUCCCUGGUAUGACAGAGGCUUCUGCAAACAUGGUCCGGACUGCAGACACAGACACACAAGAAGGGUGAUCUGUGUGAAUUAUCUGGUGGGCUUCUGUCCAGAAGGGAAAUCCUGUAAAUUUAUGCACCCUCGGUUUGAGUUGCCCAUGGGAGCUUCUGAACAGCCUCCUCUACCACAGCAAAACCAGAACCAAACAAAGUCUGUGCCUACCAUCGGCCGUUCAUCCCUCUCACUAAUCCAGCUAACCCACUCCAGCCAAGGCCAGCGGCCGCAGAACCACUCGAUGAUGGGUCCUGUUCAGCACAAUAACAUGAUGGGCAACAGAGGGCCUCGUCCAUUGGACCAGGUCACUUGUUACAAGUGUGGAGAAAAGGGCCACUAUGCCAACAAAUGCACAAAAGGCCACCUCGCCUUCCUCAGUGGUCAGUAACCUGCAGUCCUGAGGUUCAGACACCACAGCUCGCCCCCCUGGUGAGAGUGGAAAAGACAAGAGGAAGCUGCUCUGCUCCACAGGCUGAAGUUGAAGACUGUUGCCUCUUACAAACAGUGGAUACACAAAGACACUCACUCAGAUCAGUGUGGCGGUGGUUGAAUAACCGGACUCUUGAAAGAACUAAGCAUCCAAUCAUCACAGCCGGGGUCCAGUCUGCAGCAAGUGUCUUCAGACGUACAGCGCUCUUAACAUGUUGCUGAUCUUUGUUUUUCCUUAGGUCAUGUGACUUUGAUAGGAGACCAGGAUUUAAGUCUGUAAUUCUAUUUAAUGUUGACAACAAAAAAAGGAAACAUGAACAUGCUAGCAGGAAUUUCAGUCACUGCUUUUUCUACUGUGUUUGAUAGAAGCCUAAAUUCACACGUAUCACUUGUCAAUUCUUACUUUUCAACUCCGACAUUUUUGGCUUUUUGCAAACGUUUAAAAUCCUCAGUAGUUUAUACCACUGAAUGUGAACACCCUGUUGAUCUGAGUACAAUUUUAGCUCAGCUUAUGUUAAAAUGUAUUUUCAAUUGUCAGCGGCAAUGGUGUAAACAUUCAUACAUCUGUACAGCGUGCAAAUAAAUGUUUUGUUACAAAUU